AGAGAGAAGUGGGAGGGAGAGGGAGGGCAGCAGAGGGAGAAAAAAAGGCUUAAUUAAUUCAGGGUGGAUGGGAGGGAUGUUGCUGCUGUCCCUGCCGAGGCUUCAGUGCCUCUGUUGUCGUGCUGCUGUAUGUAGCCGCGUGUUUGUGUGAGCAGAGAGGACGACUCGGCUGCUGCUGCCUGCUUACUGGGAACCAGACACCAGUGCAGCCCAGCCACGACUCCACAUCCUGGAGCCCCGCUGACUGACUGACUGACUGACUGGCUGGGUCUUCACUUAACAACCAAACAGGGAUGUUACAUGGACUAUAGUGGGAGCAGCAACAGCCAGAGGUCAGAGAAGGUGUUUGCUGUUGCAGACCUGCCGAGAAUCCUUGUGCCAUCUCUGAGUCAUGAGGACUAGUUAGUUACUGAGACCAUAUAUCCUUUUGUUUUGUGACAAAUUCAACAUCUGGAGCACCUCAGCAAUAUUCAGCUGAACACUUGAAAACCCUGCUCAAUCGAACAUUAUCACCUUUGCAGUUCUCUGCCUCCUCCAGUGCUCACGUUGCCUCACAUAUAUCAACUUUUUUACCUCCUGUGUGCUAGCAAGGUGCUUAUUGUAAAGAGGCAGAGAUGACAUCCCAAAACCUCUUUGCCUCAGUCUUAUUACACAACCUGACCCGAGGAUAACCAUCAACCCCCCUGGCGGCACUCGUGGACCGACGCACUCUCAGACACACAGCCCCGGCCCUGGCUUCAGGCAGUAUGGGAGACGGGAGCUGGGUAUGUCUGAGCCCAGCUGAGUUCGGCCAGCUGCAACAAUACAGCGAGUACUCCACAAAGAAGCUGAAGGAUGUGUUGGAGGAGUUUCACGGAGAAGGCGUCCUUUCCAAAUACAAUCCAGAGCAGGGAUGAAUGGGAAAAGCAUCCUGUCUGCAAUGGGCCGGCACACGCCGGAGCACUCCGGUGUGAUGAGCACAGCAGGCUCAGGAGCCACCACCUCACCUUGUUCAUCUCGCUCCUCCUCGCAGCGCUCAGGGACUGGAGCCCACACACCUGGGGGGCCCCACAGAUCACCGUGCACCCAGGUCAAAACCUCAGAGAGCAGCAGCAAUGCCCUGACCCCCAAUGCUGGUCCUGCCAGGUCGCCAGUGUCCCCCAAACUUUCACCAGAGAGGAGCCACUCCGAGAAGCAUUUGUCUCUGCGAAGCAGCCCGUCGCCCCAGAAAGCCUCCCCCCUGCCGUCUCCCCAGGUGGUCUUUCUCAAGGACAUCGUCUGCUACCUUUCCCUGCUGGAGAGAGGGAUGCCAGAGGACAAGCUGGAGUUCAUGUUCCGGUUGUACGACACAGACGGCAAUGGGGUUCUGGACAGCUCGGAGCUGGAUCGCAUCAUCAAUCAGAUGGUGCAUGUGGCAGAGUAUCUUGAGUGGGAUUCAACAGAACUGCGACCGAUACUGAAGGAGAUGAUGGAAGAGAUCGACUACGACAGAGAUGGGACGGUCACGCUGGAGGAGUGGAUCAGAGGAGGCCUCACCACUAUCCCUUUACUGGUCCUGCUGGGCAUGGAUACGAAUGUACAGGAAGACGGGCAGCAUGUUUGGCGUCUGAAGCACUUCAACAAACCAGCCUACUGUAACUACUGCCACACCAUGCUGCUCGGAGUGCGCAAGCAGGGCCUCUGCUGCUCCAUAUGCAAGUACACAGUGCACGAACGGUGCGUGUCCAAAGACAUUGCUGCCUGCAUCAGCACCUACGCCAAGUCACGUAGACACACCAACGCUAUGCAGCAUGUAUGGAUGGAGGGUAACUCUCCUACCAAGUGUGACCGCUGUCACAGAAGCAUCAAGUGUUACCAGGGCCUAACGGGCCUCCACUGUGUCUGGUGUCAGAUCACUCUCCAUAAUAAGUGUGCAUCUAAUGUGAAGCCAGAGUGCGAUGGAGGAGCCUUGAGGGACCACACUCUGUUGCCCUCGUACAUCUGCCCCGUUGUGUUGGACCGUCAUUCUGUGGUGAAGCGUGGCGAGGGGGAGUCGCCUCCCAGCACCAGCCCCGAAGACGCCAAUCAGACUUUCAAAUUCUCCCCCGGAGACGGGCAAGCACUGCAGAUCACCCCUCUUCCAGGUACUCACCCGCUCCUGGUCAUGGUCAAUCCCAAGAGUGGAGGAAGACAGGGGGAGAGGGUACUGAGGAAGUUCAGGUACUUACUAAACCCCAGGCAGGUGUACAGUUUGGAGCAAGGUGGACCAAUGGUAGGGCUCAACUUUUUCCAUGAUGUCCCUGAUUUCCGGGUGCUUGCCUGUGGAGGUGACGGCACUGUGGGUUGGAUCCUCGACUGUAUAGAUAAGGCCAACUUUGCCAGGCACCCUCCGGUGGCCAUCCUCCCUCUGGGCACGGGGAACGACCUUGCACGCUGCUUACGCUGGGGGGGAGGUUACGAGGGUGGCAGCUUGCUGAAGUUCCUCCGGGACAUCGAGCACAGCACAGAGGUGGUGCUGGACCGCUGGAACAUAGACAUUGUCCCCGAUGACAAGGAGGAGAAGGGAGACCCUGUGCCCUACAGCAUCGUCAACAACUACUUCUCUAUCGGAGUGGAUGCCUCCAUCGCCCAUCGUUUUCAUCUGAUGCGGGAAAAACACCCUGAGAAGUUCAACAGCAGACUGAAAAACAAGCUCUGGUACUUUGAGUUUGCACAAACUGAGACAUAUCUGCCAACCCUCAAGAAACAAUCAACCGAAUGCAUAGAAGUGGAGUGCGACGGGAUCAUCUUGGACCUCAGCAACACCUCCUUAGAAGGCAUUGCCGUGCUCAACAUUCCCAGCAUGCAUGGCGGCUCCAACUUGUGGGGUGAGUCGAAGAAGAGGAGGAACUACAACCGUAUGAGCAAGAAGGUUCCUGACAGGAUGCCCACCAGUACCGUCACCGACGCUAAAGAGCUCAAAUUUUGCAUGCAAGACUUCAGUGACCAGCUGUUGGAGGUGGUUGGCCUGGAAGGGGCAAUAGAGAUGGGACAGAUCUACACUGGACUGAAGAGUGCAGGACGCAGACUUGCUCAGUGUGCCAACGUCACCAUCAGGACGUCCCGACGGCUGCCCAUGCAGAUCGAUGGCGAGCCCUGGAUGCAGCCCCCCUGCACGAUCAGGAUCACACACAAGAACCAGGUCCCCAUUUUGCUGGGCCCGCCUCAGAAGACACCCUUCUUUUUCUUCAAGAAACGCAACCGGAGCCGCGACUAGGACACACGCAUGCACACACGCAUGCACACACAAACACAAAAAUACACAUACAUAUAGUACAUAUAUGCACAUACACACACACACACACACACACACCGCCCACUGUACAGGCAGCUCCAUCAGAUGACUGCACAGGUUGGAGUUGAAGAAAGUGGGAAGUUCAUCAGCAAGAUCACAUUAACAAGUGGAACAUUCCUUAAGUCAGGACGCCCACAGACAAUUCACCCCACAGGAACCUGCGGCAACGGCACUUGAAAUGAAAAGACUCUCAGUAUACAGUACCGACCUACUCCUGUGUAACCAUCAUCCUCUAGUCUUGUCUCCAAACCUCAGUCCCAGCCUUGGGUUUAGUCUCAGCCACCUGCAACAGCCAAGUCUCUCAGUCCAAGCCGCCUCCUGCCCCCCAAAAAACCCCAGCCAUAAUGCCAGUACUGCACUGCCUGCUCAACACAACUUUGGCCGCUGGGAUUCCCUCGAAUCCCUCCCUUCAAUGAAGUAAAGGAAGUGAUAGUGAGGGGAUGGAGGGUUACAUUGAGGAAGAAGGAGCUCUGACACACUAAAGUGAGAAAGAGGAGAAGGUUAAAGUGAGAGUGGCGUGGCAGUAUUUGUGGUUGUUUACAAGGGCGGUGAGUAAAUAGAGUGAGAUCCACCUCUUAAAAACACCUGUAUGAAUAAUGAAACAGCGGUUGCUUGUAAGAGCGCUCGCUGCAGGGCCUCCCCACAGACUGAGAGUGCGGUACAGCCAAGGAGAGGAGUGGAAAAGCCUCAUCCAUUAUUGACUUAUUUUGUUUGUAGGUUGAUGGCGGUGGGGCGUAACAGUGGCAUGGCAUGGGUGGAAGCAUGCAGGGAUUCUGGCCUCUUAGCAUCACUGGCCUAGAAAAAAAGAUCCUUGUAACCAUAUUUCUAGACUGCGUAGAUGAUCUGGCUGUCAGGCAGAGGAAGUGCUUAUCUAGUUGUGCACGGCUACCUCGAUAUAAAUUGACCCGAAUCUAGAUUUAAAGUAGAGAUUGGGACAUUGUAGUUAAUCUUUGCCUACUGAAGAAACGCGUUUGUCCUCCUUGGUUGGUGAGCUCUAAAACUACCAUCCAAAUCGAAUCCUCUGUGCCAUGUGCCGUAGGACACUUCUUGUGGGUCACAGAUUGAAAUAAAUCCCCUCAAGGGUAUAACUGCAAGGCCCCCAGGGUUUUUAUUUACCAGAGCAUUGACAGGGGAACUAAAUUUAUCCCUCUAUUUCAGGGAGGCUCUUUCUCUCCUCCAGUGAAACCCUACGCCUAAUUACCGUGUCAAACAUCAACUUGCAAUGUCAAGUUCGCGUCAGAGUGCAAAUCCCAAAGCCUGCCCCUAUACUGCAAGGUGCUGGGUGGCUUCAAUGCAUUCAUGAUUUGUUUAACUACGCCAAAUAAAGAUGUGAUGGUAAUGGAGGAAAGAGACUAAAUGGGAUGAGUUGUGUUUUCGCCAGAGAUGGUGGAAGAUUGAUGUAUCGUUCAGAGACCAGGGAGCUUAGUUCAGUGUUUAUAAGAAUGUAUCCAUAUUACUGUCCCCGCAAUAUGGCAAAUUAUAUUAUACAGAAUGUGCAGAAAGAGUAUAUGUAUAUUUCUGGAAAGUAGGUGUAGAGCUCACUUAUACUGUACACACGAAUGUGUUUUUAAUAUAUCAUUGUUAUUAAUGUGGAAAUAUUAGCUUAGAGGGGUUCAGAUCAGUAUUCUUCACUGUACAGAGCUGCUACACCCGCUCUCUGAAGGCAGUUUUCCACUUUUUCUAAUUCACACUAUUUUAGACUUGAAUUGUAUCACCCUUUCAACUUGGCUUGCUCGCAGAAGAAACGAACAACAAAUGCUUCAAAAUUACAGAAUGUGUCACAAAAGAAUGUCAUGGUUCACAUACUAGCUUUGUCAGAGCUCUAUAAGUGGUCUUCAUCAGCGAAAGGAGUUCUCUAAAGCUCUUGAAUAUCGGUUGAAAGUAGACCUAAACCAAUAAUAAAUCAGAAGAAGAUCAAAACAAAGACUCUACAGCCAUGCUAGCGGCUCUGUCAAGUAUGUGGGUUGGGCUUAAUGCUAAUAUUAGUAUCAUGCUCACAGUGAGAAUGUUAACAUAUUUAUGCUAAGCAGGUCAUGCUUAUCAUGUUUUCCAUCUUAGCGUGUUAGCAUGCUAAUGUUAAACACAAAGUGCAGCUGAGGCUGAUGGGAAUGUCAUUAGUUUUUAAGUAUUUGUAUCAAGGUAUUGGACACACCAAAAUUGCCAUCCCUAGAGCCCUGUGCAGCUGAAAAUGUUGGUCAACCAGAUUAAUUUUUCAACUGUAAAAUGUCCCACUCACAAAAAAAGAAUCAACUGAUCUAUCAUAUUAUAACUCUCAAACAUCAAUAAAGGUAACAUCCAAAAAAUCUUCUAUAGGUGCUGGAUCAAAGAGAAAACUAAAGGCAUGAAUGAGACAAAAGAUCUGCACACUGUACUAAUAGCUCCCAGCAAUUUCAUUAGAGCAACGCUUGGAUCAACAGAUCAACAAUGCCUGACAAAGAUCUUUGUUUACUUAAAAAGGUACAUGGACACUGAGAUUAUUUUGUUACACAGACACUUACUCCUAUGGUCAAGAAUUUGUUCAAGAAAGACAAAAUCUGAUCUCAACCCGAGCCUACUGAUGGACACUGCUAUCUUCGAAAUGUAAAACUUAAAGAGAAUGUAAAUGUCUGAAUGUUGAAACCCAAAGAGUUGAUGUGAGUUAAACGUUUGUGGAAAACUGCCUUCCUCCCUGCUGGAAAUGUAAGCGUUAUCGGUGCAGGGCAGAGGGAGACUGGUGAGGUGUUCUGAUGGUACAAACUGAGCUCCACUGUAGGGUCGGGCUUUGAUGCCUUAAGACCCCAGUUCCCUUUAAAAAAUACACUGAGUCCUUACUCUCGCCCCCCAGGCCCCAUGAAAACAGACAGUCCAGUAUAUCCUCAUACACUGCAGACAUUUACUGUACCCAGAUGUGUUUUUGGGUCCCUCCAAACAAGGUUUCUCAUGUGUCACUUUAAUCCAUCUCAGUGUUUAAAUAUACACAAAUUCAAAGCCAUUUAACACACCUGACAGAACCUUAAUACUACAGCCACACUGUGGAAAUGUCGCAAGAUAAAAAAAAAAUAACACAUCAUAAUCUUUCUCUCCGUCAUUUGUAGUUGCUGCCAAUGGAGCCUGGGCGCCAAGAGAACUCAGUGGGAAAAGAGUGCAUGUUUACAGUUACUUUAAAUUUAUUGAAAGAAUGGUUUAAGACAGCUAUAUUACCAAGUGUAUAUAUUUGUUUAUAAUAUUUUAUCUGAAGUUAACUUACAUCACCGCAUGCCUGCUGAAACAAAUGGGGAGUGAACAAAAAGGAGAGUGUGCAUCAGACCAUUCAAACCUAUUUCUUUGCUUAAAAAUACCAAUUAUCUGAUAUAUUUAUUUGUCGUGAUUUUCAUUAUUUUCUUUGUCAGCAUGUUUUAUGUGCAAGAGAAGGCGGGGAAGAAGCUAUCUUGUCACAUUAAAGAGAAAAAAAGUAGAAUUCCCAGAUGAAGUUUCUACCGUUACAACAUCCAUUCGUGAUUCGUCAAAGGGCAGCAACAUGAAGGCCCACGCAGAGCCUUGUCUGUGAGAAUUUCCAAUGUGUGUCACAAGUCAUGUCUAUUCCUGUCCUUUGUAGUAAUCAUAUGCCUUAACAGAUAAAUGGACCCGCUCUGUGCUCACAGCUUGCUUUGUACAGGGCUCACACAGAAGAAAGAAAUCAUCAGAUGGCAUAGAAACGGUGAUUAACGUAGCUACAUUUAACCUAAAAAGGACUUGCUUUAACCCCGAUUAGGAACAGCUGACCCUCAGUAUUUAGACAAACAAAGCUCAGACGAUUUCAUCAGUAUUUGGCAACCCCACACUUUUGUGUCAUUCUAACCUUCAGUUAGCAGCAGAGGUGUGCUACCAUCAUGGUAAUGGACUGAUGUAAUUUGCUGCCACUGAACAGACCCUUUAUUAGCAAACAAAAGAGGUAAUAUCUGUGUCCAUCCUUAUCUGCAGGUCGACUUUCCUGAAGUAAGUUUUCUUUAAAAAGAAGGCAGCAAAUCCCAUCAAAUCCCAUCAAAAAAGACCAAAACCAACAAUGUGUUACUCCAUCUCUCAAUGCUUUUUUUGAAUGUGCAACUACCCUGUCUCCUGCCACUCAUUUGUUGCCCAUUUGUUCUUAAUUAAUACUUAAAACACACACAGACAUAUAUUUAUAUAUAUAUACAGUAUAAAUAUAUACUAUGGCACUGUAGUUUUUAGCUAAUGACAGAAGGAUAUUAUACAUUUGUUGGGGAUUUUUUUUUUUUUUCAGCUAUUGAGUAUAUCUCGAAGCAGGAUGAUGUACUGUAUGUAGGACUGACUCCAAAACUACAGCGCUCAUGUUCGCCGUUAUGAUGGAAGAUGUCACCCAGUGCAACAUUGUGGUUUAACAAUGUUGUUUUAAUAGUUGUUGUUCAAAAAGUACAUUUGUGUCUCAGAGAACGAAUCUGUACAAGGCUUUAGCUAUACAGCCAUUACUAAGAUAAGAUAAGAUAAAUAAAUGGUUGGCUUUGGUCUUUUCAUGGGAUUUUUCACAAUAUGAAACAUAUCACAUCACCAGCCUUAUCCUUUAUUCUGUUUUGCUACUAUGUAGACCUUUAAUAACUGGUUGUCAAGCAUUCAGAAUGCAAAAUGUAGUUCACUGGGUUCAGUAAAAUGAUAAGAUAAAUCAA